UUUUUCCACUUCUCUCCCUCCCCCUUCCGUUUCUAUUUGUGAAGGGAGGAGGAAGGCAGAGGCGGGCUGGUGUCUCUGGCCGGGGACUGGAAUUUCAUCUGAAUGACUGCCCCUGCGCGCACGCACUGCCCCGGAGUCGGCCCGCCUGCGCCCCGCAGCCCGCACCCUGCCGGCCAGCCGGGGGGCGCCUGCGCUGCGGCCCGGGGACCGCCAGGUCGCCUCUCUCUCCCGCUCCCGAUCUAGCCGAUCUCGGCGCGGCUGCUACCGCUUCCCCGGCUUCUCGGACCCCGGACGAGAGUUGUGAGGUGCUGCGCGGGCGCGCCGGGAGGGAGCCUCAUCGCCGCUGCCGCCGCCGCCGUCGCCGUCGUCGCUGCAGGAAGUGUGCGGCUCCCGGGCUCUGUCCGCUGCGGGGCGCGCCCCAAUGUCAGACGCGAAGCCGGGCGCAGGCCGCGGGCCGCCGCUGGCCUAGCCGCGCGGACCGGGGGGGGCGGCCUCUUAUAUGGAAUUUGGACCCCGGCGCUCCCCUCCAGGGCUGGUGUCCCGGCCGCGGCCCUGGCGCAGUCCGCCGCCUCCCGCUAGGCGCUCGGGAGGAGGAGGAGACGAAGCCGGCUGCGCGCGCGGCGGGAGGACCGAGGCUCCCUCCUGUGGGGGGCAGGCGCGCGGAAGGCGCUGGUGACUGAGCGACUGUCGAGGCUGCCUGGGGCCGGAGCUCGGGGCUCGGUGGGCCUGCAGCUGCACGGGACGGACCCCCAGUGUUGGGCACUUGGGGAGGCCUGCCCGGGCCCCCUGCCCGCGGCCGCCAUGGCGGAGAAUUGGAAGAACUGCUUCGAGGAGGAGCUCAUCUGCCCCAUCUGCCUGCAUGUCUUCGUGGAGCCGGUGCAAUUGCCGUGCAAACACAACUUCUGCCGGGGCUGCAUUGGCGAGGCGUGGGCCAAGGACAGCGGCCUGGUACGCUGCCCGGAGUGCAACCAGGCCUACAACCAGAAGCCGGGCCUGGAGAAGAACCUGAAGCUCACUAACAUCGUGGAGAAGUUCAACGCCCUGCACGUGGAGAAGCCGCCGGCGGCGCUGCACUGCGUGUUCUGCCGCCGCGGCCCCCCGCUGCCCGCGCAGAAGGUCUGCCUGCGCUGCGAGGCGCCCUGCUGCCAGUCCCACGUGCAGACGCACCUGCAGCAGCCCUCCACCGCCCGCGGGCACCUCCUGGUGGAGGCGGACGACGUGCGGGCUUGGAGCUGCCCCCAGCACAACGCCUACCGCCUCUACCACUGUGAGGCCGAGCAGGUGGCCGUGUGCCAAUACUGUUGCUACUACAGCGGUGCGCAUCAGGGACACUCGGUGUGCGACGUGGAGAUCCGGAGGAAUGAGAUCCGGGCUCUGACUCUCAAGCUGACAGCAGCCCCCUGUGCAUGUUGGACUGGUGUGGGGACCUGCUGGAAGGACAAAGCGCUGGGGGCAAGGAGAGCCAGCAUCUCCCUUCCAGCUGGGUCCAACCGAGAGUCUGAGAGAGCUAGCAAGGACUUCAGCAGCCUAGCUCUCAGCGUCAAGAAUAAAGGAAGGGGUAGCUGCCCUUCAUGUCCCCAAAUGCAGAAGAUGCUGAUGAAGCAACAGGACCGUCUGGAGGAGCGAGAGCAGGACAUUGAGGACCAGCUGUACAAACUUGAGUCAGACAAGCGCCUGGUGGAGGAGAAGGUGAGCCAGCUGAAGGAGGAGGUGAGGCUGCAGUAUGAAAAGCUGCACCAGCUGCUGGACGAGGACCUGCGGCAGACGGUGGAGGUCCUGGACAAGGCCCAGGCCAAGUUCUGCAGCGAGAAUGCAGCGCAGGCGCUGCACCUCGGGGAGCGCAUGCAGGAGGCCAAGAAGCUGCUGGGCUCCCUGCAGCUGCUCUUCGACAAGACAGAAGACGUCAGCUUCAUGAAGAACACCAAGUCUGUGAAAAUCCUAAUGGACAGGACCCAGACCUGCACGGGCAGCAGCCUUUCUCCCCCUAAGAUCGGCCACUUGAACUCCAAGCUCUUCCUGAAUGAGGUGGCCAAGAAGGAGAAGCAGCUGCGGAAGAUGCUAGAAGGCCCCUUCAGCACACCGGUGCCCUUCCUGCAGAGCGUCCCCCUGUACCCUUGUGGCGUGAGCAGCUCUGGGGCGGAAAAGCGCAAGCACUCAACGGCCUUCCCUGAGGCCAGUUUCCUAGAGACGUCGUCAGGCCCUGUGGGCAGCCAAUAUGGGGCAGCGGGCACAGCCAGCAGCGAGGGCCAGUCAGGGCAGCCCCUGGGGCCCUGCAGCUCCACGCAGCACUUGGUGGCCCUGCCGGGCGGCGCCCAACCAGUGCACUCAAGUCCUGUGUUCCCCCCAUCACAGUAUCCCAAUGGCUCCGCCACUCAGCAGCCCAUGCUCCCCCAGUAUGGCGGCCGCAAGAUUCUCGUCUGUUCUGUGGACAACUGUUACUGUUCUUCCGUGGCCAACCACGGUGGCCACCAGCCCUACCCCCGCUCCGGCCACUUUCCCUGGACAGUGCCCUCGCAGGAGUACUCACACCCGCUCCCACCCACACCCUCCGUCCCCCAGUCCCUUCCUGGCCUGGCGGUCAGAGACUGGCUCGACGCCUCCCAGCAGCCUGGCCACCAGGAUUUCUACAGGGUGUAUGGGCAGCCGUCCACCAAACACUACGUGACGAGCUAACGCCACGCAGGCAGUGGGGCGCUGGGGAAUCUUCCCUCCCAGCCCCCCAGUGGCUCGGGAAUUAUGCAUCCAGAGACCUGCCCUUCUACCUUCCUGUCUUCCCUCCCUUCCUCCUUCAUCUCCCCCCAAGUCUUUUCCUUUUGGAUUUUGUUUUGUUUUGGGCUUUGUUUUUGAUUUUUCUUUUUCUUUUCUUUUCUUUUUUUUUUUAAUGAAACUCCUGGACGCAGAGGUGACAGUGAGAGCUGGCCUGGGCUGGGCUGCAGGUGGCCCUGGAGUUGAGAAAACGUCUACUUCAAGGCAUUGAGCUCUCUCUCUGUCUCUCCUUUUUUCUUCCACUCCUUCCCCUUCCCACCCCUGUGGCUGGAAGGAGCCUCAGCCUCCUCUAAAGCCUUGGGGGAUCCAACCCUCCUCACCCAGCCCUGGGAGGAAGGACCAGUGUGCCCACUGGCCCACUUCUCCUCUCGUUUUUCUUUUGGGCAGUUUGAUCACUGACUAAGAAAUGACCUGUAGAUUGUGGGGCUUUUUUUUUUUUUUUAAUUUUUUUAAACCAAGAAUGAUUUCUCCUGCUUCCUUCUUCUCAACAUCCUCCCAGAUGGAGUUCAAAGGCCACUUCUCAAGCAGCUUUUGGCAUCUUCAGCCUCAGAGUGGAAUCUUAAAGACAGGAACCCCAUGUCCAGGAAAGGGGAAAAGGAACUUUGCCAAUGAUAGUGACCACAGCAAAAGCAAAUAAUAAUAAUAUUAAUAAUAAUAAAGAGAAAUAAAAGAAAUAAUAAAAUAAAAAACCCUAGCACAGCCCUUGUUGAGGUCAGUGGGGGAGGAGCGGCUGCCCCGUGUUGGGUCCUUGCCUGGAUUUUGAAACAGCAACUUCCUGUAGGGAGCACUUUGUAUGAAUCGUGGACUUCCUGUUCUCAAGGCACAGGUAUUUCUUCUGUAAUCUGUCUAGAGCACACACCGAAAUCCAACCUUCUAAUAAACAUGAUGGCGCAGUCCCA